AUGGCUGAUCAAGCCGUGGCAAAAAUAAUCAAGCCCAGGAAACUCAGGCGAAAUAGUCACCGUGCACUAAAAGCAUGCGAUAGUUGCCGACGCAUGAAGACGAGGUGUAUUCCUUCGCCGUUACCAGACGAGGUUCAAUGUCUUCGUUGCGACACUCUCAAAUUAAGGUGCUCGUUCCAGGAUUUGUGGAGUGAGGAUGAAGAUAGCGGCAAUGCAGACUCCUCUAAAAUGCGCAGGACCAGCAGUUCAACAAAUGGUAGCUAUGAAUCUGCAGAAUUGACUAAAAGAUUGCUGAAAAGCGGGUAUUCUCCAGAGCAUUUCGCCGUACACUCCAAGCUUCUACAAAAUGUCAACAAGAACGUUAGCAAAAUCUUGGGAAUGCUGGAAGGCCAAUCCACUGCUACGGUACCAGUCUUAUCGCAAAAAAGCGACGACAAAGUUACAGAUGCUGGCGUAGCCUUGGCCAAUGAAGCCGACAGGGCGGUUUCUUCUCGAGUAGUAGGGCUAGACCAGCUGGCUUUGGCGGGAUUGAGCUCGGCGAAUUCUAGGGCAGGAUCGCCGGACCUCAUCCAAAUGUCACUCAAGACUGAGCAGCGUCAUUCAGCGCCGUAUCUGACAUGUCCUUUCACUAUGGUUUCUCAGAUGGUAUCUCGAGGUAACGUGCCACUUCCGAUUCGCAACAUGCAAGAGCGUGCUCUUCUUUUACAGGAUCCAAUAAGCGACGUAAUCGAUAUGGAACUGCUGACACUGGAAGAAACAACUUGUUUGAUGGAGGAUUUUCGCCAAGCGUACGGUCAAUGGUGCUCAUUUCCAGACACAGCACCGUCGGAAAAAUUGGUGAAAAACCUCAAGACGCGUAACGCUUCUCUCUUGUUGACUACUAUUUGUGUGCUCGCGCUCCGAUAUACUGCUAAACAUCACGAUCUCAAGACCCGCAUAUACAAGAAUCUACUAUACAAAUUGAAAAACGACUUGGAAGUUAGUUUGAGGGUGGUUCCGCAGACCGUUGAGUUUAUUCAAGCUAUGGUGCUUCUCUCAAUGUUCGCAUGUUCCUUUAGUAGCGACAUUAUGGCUAUUGAUGCGUGGUAUAUUUCAGGCAUUGGCCUGCAACAGUUUCUUACUCUAAGCAUUACAGAUGGUCUAUACAGGCCUGGUGACGAGUCCAGCGGACUAGGAGCGCUGGGAUUACCAGGGGGAACAGAUUCCUCGGAUUAUGGUGCAAACGUAACAAACUCUCAAUAUUAUAGGUUUCAACUGUUUCGACUCUGGAACCACCUGUGCCUGGCACAUAUUACAAAUUGCGUUUUCUCCGGAAGAAUGUGUAUCAUCGAUGGUGUCAGGGCUGAUUUGUGUCGGCGCACUUUGGACUUUUCUAAAUCUACCAAUUUCGAUGGAAGAAUGGUAGCAGAAAUAUCACUGCAAUUAAUUCUUUACAACUUCGUACAGCAAUGUAACUUGGGGUCUCGUAAGGACCUCGCAAGUUCAGCUGCAUUAGAUGCAGUUCAGGAUGAGUUGCUGACUUGGAUUGAAGAAUGGAGGUAUCUAUUGUCUCAACCCAUAUACCCUUCCAAACAAUACGCCGAAUUUGCGCUAGACUAUGGUCAUACGAUUGUUCUAUACACUUGGUUUCACAGGAAGUUCAGAGCACAGAAAGCUGAAACCAAAGGUGAUACAAACAGCAACUCUCAAGACCCAAACUAUUCUAAGUCAAACGAUAAAACGUCCAUUGGAGAGACAUUGAAUCGGGACUACCCCAUAACAGAGGUCAUUGCUGCAAUGCCCCUAGAUUCACAGUUUAAAAUGCUCGAGCACGCUCAUAGGUCAGUUGAAGCCAUGAUAAAUGAUAGUUUUGAAAGCUUUCGUUUCUUAUCUGAUCAGCUAUUUUUUCAAUGCGUACACUGUUCUUUAAUGUGCCUUAUGGUAGCGCACAAUCUGUACUAUACUACUGCUGGUCAUUUAAGAGAAGAGAACCUCGAACAUAUCCUAAGUGACGUGAAAAAGUUUAGCUUGAGGCUUCAAACAAUAAGAGAGGGCGAGCUCAAAAGUUUUUGGGUUGAAGAAGUUGAUUUGAGAGUCCCUAGUGUCAUCUUGCAAUAUCACAAGGCGAUCGAGGCAUGCCUUCAGGAGAAGUUCCCUGAAUAUGAGAUUCAUGUUGAUGAAGACUAUUUAUAA